UACUGACCCCGUGCUAGAGCAUCCCCCCUUCACAGCCGCACCACCGAUACCUGUCCAAGGGUCCCCGUACACAGACGAAACCCGUGGCGUCGGGACGGCUCGAAGACGUCCGGGCGCACAUGGACGCGGCGAUAUCCGAGGGAAUGGCGGCGGACCGCAGGUACACGCUGAUCCCGACGAGCCACCGCGAUCUGAUACCGCCGACUGCACCACUGGCUACCGCAUGUUGCAGCGCGAUGCUGCGACACCCCCGCCCCCGAGUGCGCUGGCAUACGGAUCGAGACUGGGAGGCGGCGCGCGAGGUGCGCGACGGACGAGGCGCGCGCUGAUUCCGCGUGGGUCCUGAUGCGAAGCAGGCUUGCCUUGCCUUGACACCGAGGGCGGGAUGAGCGCCGCGGACGCCGGCGCGCGGAUCAGCACGACGCGUGCCGAUGGUGCGAAGCCGUGUCUGAGGCAGAGGAACGGGCAGGCGCACGGAACGUAGCAUGCGGGUGCGCGGAACCCGACGGCGGAGUGCGCUGCGAGGACAUUAGGGCUGGGGUGCGCUGCAGCGACAUCUUGCGCCCAGCGAGCGAUGCGAUCGUGUUCGUGGAACGAGAGGUGCGGUGCGGUGCAGUACGUCGCGUCCAUGGAGGUUUGGAUCGUGUGGGUGCGAGUGGGUGGGCGAUACGUGCUCUUGUGCGAGAUGCCCAUAGUUUUUAUGCGAUAUGUAUAACGUGGCCCCGCCGGUUCCCCAGGGUUUCAUGUCGUUGGCACGUGAGACGGGCAGGACCUCGGGGAGCUCUCGGGGAGCUCUGGGCCUGGAUCCCACGAUAGCUUCGAGUCAUCGUGGUGAGUCGGAGCAUGAGACAGAUUCG